AUGUACGGCGGCCGGGGCGGGCAGUAUCAUGGCGGUGGCCCCGGUAACAGCAACUACGUGGGUGACGUCUGGUACGCGCCGCGCAACAGCGGUCCACGAGAGGACUACACGAUGCGCGGGCAGGGAAACCCUGGCGGCAACUAUCGCAGCAACAACCCCUCGAGGCGAGGAGGGAGGCCGGACUCCGAAAACACAAUCUGCAGGCAUCAUGCGCUGAACGAUCAAUGCCGCUUCGGCGCCAAGUGCCUCUACCGCCACACCCUGAAGAGAGUAUGCUUCCUGCAAGACGUCUGCCACAAGGGCGUGUACACGCUCGCCGUGUGCCGCGUGAGCGACACGCGGCUGGAGCUGUUCGCCACGGGCCAGGGCACCAGCGUCAAGAGGCUCUCGCUAGCGGGCGACAUCAACGGCGGCAUCUCCCUGAUGGAGCAGACUUCGUUCACGCUGAACGUCCAAUAUGUAGACAAGAACUCAUACCAGCCGAGGAAUAGGCGCUCGUCGGACCAGGUCGUAUUCAGCAUGCGCUGCAUCAACGACUGCCUCUUCGCGGGGCUGCGCACGGGGCACAUAUCAGUGUACCACAUCCCUACCGGCACAUCCACACUCAUAUACGGGCACUCGGCGCCAGUGACGACCGCCAUUCUGGUGGACACGGCCGUGCUGACGGCGUGCGAGCAGGGGAAGAUAUGCAUUUGGAGCUUCGACAGCGCAACCAACGGAUUCACAUGCGUCAACACCAUCGCCACCAACACCACCAUAUCGUGCCUGCUGGAGGUCAACGACGGAGUCAAUCGGAAGCUAUGGGCCGCGGGGAACUCCAUCACCGUCAUUGACCUCACCACCCUGAGCGUGGUCCGGACCACACCGAUACCCAACGACUUCGCAAAGGCGAUGGUGCGAUACGGGCAGCACGUCAUCGUGGCGCUGCACUCAGGCGACUGCGUGGUGCUCGAUGCGAACGUGGAGAUGGUGUACCGCGUGCCGGGAGAUGGAGUCGCCCUCACGGCCAUGGAUGGAAUGCAAAGCGAGCGGGGGGACGUCCUGCUACUGGGCAAAAAGUCCGGCGUGCUUAACAUGUACCAGAUACCCGCGUUCAACCUCGAGGGCACGCUCAACUGCAAUUUCGACGGGCCGCGCAAUACCAAGUGGCCGGGGAUAUCCGCCAUCACGUCCUUGGGAGGAGGCCUAUUCGUCACCGCGGGCUACGACGGGCACCUGCAGAUAUUCCGGUACUCCAACAACGCCGGACCAGGGUUCUGA